GGGAGGCGCUUUCCGGGAAAUGAAAGUGAAAGCACAGCAACCGGGGCGUUUUUCAGGGCGGUAGAUACACUCCCGUGGCCAGUCUGCCGCUCAGAACUAGCUGGUCAUGGCCGGGGAGGCGAAGUGCCCCUUCCCGCUGCUGGUGGAGGGGGACUGGGGGGGCUCGGGGCUCCCCAAGAACCUGAAGAAGAAACUCCUGUGCUACUUCCAGAGCGGGAAGAAAUCCGGAGGGGGGGAGUGCGAGAUCCAGGAGCGGCCCGGGCAGGUCCUGGUUUGCUUCGCCCAGGAGGAAGUGAGGCAGCGAGUUCUUGACAAAAAGAUCCAUGAGCUUGACUGGGCAGCGAAAGGAAAAUUAAAGCUGGUUGUCAUGCAGCCUGAAACAACAGGUGCAACCAAAAAAGACGUGUCCGGGGAAGUGCCAGGUCCUAAAGAGGAGUCCGAGACACCAAGCAAACCCCAAGAACCAGUCUGCUCUGAUGAUGGGAAUUCUGUGUCUGUAGAGCAGGAAAAGAGGACAGAUUUCUCAUCUGUGAUUUCAUCUUCAGGGAAUUUGGGAAAAGAGACGACAUCCUCUGAGCAAUCCACUGUAGUAAUCAUCACUGCCCCAGGGGAGGAAAUUGAUGAUGACCUUGUGAGCAUGUACUUUGAAAAUAAAAUGCGGUCAGGUGGGGGACCCAUCAAAUCCUGCGUCAGAAAUAAUCAACAAAUAAUCAUCACCUUUGAAAAUGCUGAAGAUGCACAAGAAGUCUUAAAGAAAAAGGAUCAUGUAGUAAAGAAAAUUGCACUCCAUGUGAAACCAUGGCAAGUGGAGAAUAUCCAAGAACUCCCACAAAUGACUUCAUCUCUAGUUGUGCUUGAAAAUAUACAAGAGACUACAAAACAAUGCAUGUUAACUAUGCUGGUGGAGAACAUCAGUGGCUUAUCAGAAGAUGACAAUGACUUCAAUAUGGAAAUGAUUCCUGAAGUAAAUGCGGCUGUAGUUACAUUUAUCAAAGAUAUUGAUAUAAGGAAAUUUGUUGAAAAGUUCAACCAAAACCAUAGGGCGAAGCAACAAAAUAUAACAGCACGGCAUCUUGAGGUGACAAAAAGCAUUAAGGCUGAACAUGUACCACCUAACGUAUCUAAUGACUAUAUAACUGUCUACUUUGAAAGUAAAAGAAAUGGAAGUGCACAAGUGUCCGAUGUUGAACAGUUACCUGAAGAGAAUGCAGCUAUCAUUACUUUCCAUGAUCAGAAAGAUGUAAACACUGUCUUGGCAAAGCAGCAUUCACUCGACAAAGUACCAAUUUAUGUGUAUCCAUACUACAGCUCAUUGGGUACAGCUCUAUAUGGAAAGAAAAGGCCACAAAUAAAGCUGCCAGAACCAAUUACAAUGUCCCUGGAUCCUUACAUCUUGCAGUUUUUACAGACCGAUAAUAGGCUAAUCCAGGAAAUAAAUCAUGAAAUGGCAGAUUGCAAAUGUGAACUAAUGUGGCCUCAAUCCAACUGUGCAAAUCCAGAAAUAACACUGUGUCCCUCAAAUGCCUUAUCUAAACAGAGAUCAAUGAUCAGGUUGAUCAAGACAUGGAAUGAAGAUGUUUCUAAAAAAUUCUCAUGUAGCAUGUCAAAGUACAAGGCCAUUAAAUGUGAAGUAAAUUCAGUGGUGUGGGAAGCCAUAAGAAACUGCUUGGUAAAGGAUGGUGUUUUGAUCAUACCUGACAUUCCCAAGAACAUGGUUGUCUUAGUAGGUAACACGGAGAUUAUGAAGGGUGCAGAGCAAGAACUGAAGGAGCUAAUAGAAAAUGCCAGGAAAAAAAUUGAAAGAGAAAAGCAGAGCAUAGAACAAACUAUGUUAGUUGACCCAGGAAAGUAUGCAAUUUUACACCUUGCUGGGCUAGAGGAGAAUGUUUACAAGGAGUACCCAUCUCUCAAGAUACAUUAUGAUGCGUCAUCAAAGAGUAUUAGUCUGUAUGGAGUGGCUGCAGAAGUAUUUAAAGUCAAAAGUGAAAUACUAGAAAAAGUGCACAGCAUGGCACAGAAAUCGAUCAAUGUCCAUCCUUACAUUUUCCAGUUCCUACAACACGUAGAUAAUGAAACUCUGUCACAGCACUUAUUUAUGUCAAAUCAAAUUAAUGCCUUUUAUGAGCUUGGCACUGAUAACAUAAUGCUGAUAGCAGGUUCUCCUGGAGUUCUUCUAGAAGCAGAAGAAGAAAUGAAGAAGGUUCUGACUUACAAAUGCAUUGACCUGGAGGACAACUCAGUCCUCAAAAAGAGAGAAUGGAGGGAGCUCGUCAACCAUUUGUACAAGGCACAUAACUGUUCCAAAGAAACUAUAAUAAUUGUUGAGUUGGAGGAUCAAAUAGUCAUUGCUGGUUAUUUCAGAGCAGUAGCAGAAGCAUAUCAGCAACUUUCUGAUUUUGUAGAUAAACACACUCUGGUACAAAAAGUCGUCAUAGCUAAGUGUGUGGCAGUUGUAAUGUUUGUGGAGAAGGAAAAGUCCAAUAUUUGGCUUGAAUUAAAAAAGAAAGGUGUGAAAAUUGAAUUUGGCACACAGAAUAAACGAAAAGGUAUUUCCCUGAGUGGACCAAGAGCGGAAGUGUUGCAGGCGGUCACCAAAAUUGAACAAAUUCUGUCUUCACUACAUUCAGAAAAUGUGGUAAUUGAUAAACCAGGGGCCAAGGUAUUUUUCAAAGAACAAGAACACUUGUAUGUGACUGGUGUGAAACAACAAUUUAACUGUCUGAUCAGGCUGCAAGAAGGAGAAGAACAAAGAGAAGAUGGUGAAGUUAGUAAUGUGUAUAAGAAGCAAGGCCAGCCUGCCUGUGAAAAGAUCCUGCAAGAUGGAGUUGUAGUAGCAGUUUAUAAAGGGGACUUGUGCAGUCAUCCAGCUGACGUUGUGGUGAAUGCAUCAAAUGAGGACUUAAAGCAUAUUGGUGGCCUUGCUGAGGCACUUUUAAAAGCUGCAGGGCCAGAACUACAAACAGAAUGUGACCGUAUUGUGCAGAAACGAGGCCCUUUGCAGCCCGGCCGUGCUGUUAUUACAGAUGCUGGGAACCUCCGGUGUAAACAGGUGAUUCAUGCUGUUGGGCCUAGGUGGAAUGAUCGUGAACCAGAAAAGUGCGUGCGCCUGUUAAAAAGAGCAGUUAAGGAAAGCCUACGCCUGGCUGAAACGUACAAUCAUCAUUCCAUAGCCAUCCCCGCUAUCAGCUCUGGGAUAUUUGGAUUUCCGUUAAAACUGUGCGCACAGUCAAUUGCAAAAUCCAUCAAGGAAACCUUAGAAGAUUCUCCAGGGGAAAGCUGCUUGAAAGAGAUUUAUUUUGUGGACUCUUCAGAGAAAACAGUUCAGGCUUUCACUGAUGCCUUCAAAGACGUGUUUAGAGAUAAAUCACCCCGACACAAUUCGUCACCUCCGUCUGACGCAGCCUUCAAGCCCAGAAAAAGUAGAAAUGCUCAAAGCAGAAAGGGUCUCCAGACGGUAACAACGGAUGAAGGAUUAAGCAUCAUACUGGAGAAAGGAGGCAUUGAAGAUGCUACAACGGACGUCAUCGUAAACAGCGUUUCCCGAGAUCUACAGCUUGAUAAAGGUCCACUCUCUAAAGCCUUGCUGAGCAAGGCGGGUCCGAUGCUGCAAGCACAGUUAUCUGAAGAAGGCCUAGAAAAAGUAGCUAGUGAAGGGUCUGUGUUCAAAACAGAUGGAUGUAAUCUGGGCUGCCGUUUUGUGCUUCAUGCCAUUGUUCCUGGAUGGAAAAAUGGGGAAGAAUCUGUUCAGAAGCUCCUAAGAGACAUCAUCACGGAAUGUCUUCAGACUGCUGAGCAACUCUCUUUAAAGUCAAUCACAUUCCCAGCAAUUGGAACAGGGAAUUUAGGGUUUCCUAAGCCUGUUGUUGCUAAAUUAAUGUUUGACCAGGUGUUCAAAUUCAGUCGUAAAAAAAAAAUUCAGUCUCUUGAGGAAGUUCACUUUCUGUUGCAUCCAAAUGACACACAUAAUAUUCAGGCAUUUUCAGAUGAACUGCAAAAUAGAGCAAGUGGAAAUAUUACCAAUGUAAAAAUGCACAAGACUGUGCCAGAGAAUGCCCAGCAGGGACAAGCUUUCUUUGGGCCCAUUUCAACCCCAAAACAGGGAGUGCAUGAAAUGCAGAUUGGUUCCAUUACAUUCCAAAUCGCAAGUGGAGACAUUACCACGAAAAAGACAGAUGUCAUUGUAAACAUAUCAAAUCAAACGUUUAACCUCAAAACAGGUGUCUCUAAGGCAAUUCUGGAAGGUGCUGGACCACAGGUUGAAGCAGAAUGUGCUCAGCUAGCCUCACAACCUCACGAUGACCUUAUAACCACACAAGCAGGAAACCUGAUGUGCAAAAAAAUAAUUCAUCUUGUUGCCCAGAACGAUACCAAAUCUUUAGUCUCCAAAGUUCUCCAGGAGUGUGAACUGAAGAAGUACACAUCAGUUGCCUUCCCAGCAAUUGGAACAGGUCAGGCAGGCCUUGAUCCAGCAGUAGUAGCUAAUAACAUGAUGGAUGCUGUAGUUGAUUUUGCAAGUGAUAAAUCUGUUCAAAUUGUGAAAAACAUUAAAAUUAUCAUCUUCCAGCCACAACUACUAAGUGUGUUCCAUGCAUGUAUGCAGAAAAGAGAAGGCACUGCUAAUGUACCUGAUACACCUGCAUCAGAGUCCUUCUUGUCAAAAUGUGCUUCAUUCUUUGGCUUUGGAAAACAGAAACAUCAUUCUUCGGCUACAGAAAAAAAGCCUGCAAUGGUUUUGGAAAAGAAAAUUGAGAGAACUGUUUUUCAGAUUUGUGGUGAAAGCCAAAAAAAUGUGGAAGAUACUGUAUCCUGGAUUAAAAACCUGAUUUUAAAGGAACAGCAUGAAAGCACUAUCUCAGAUGAAUGGAUUUCAAGCUUUGAUGACCAGGAAUAUAAGGAACUGACAGACCUCCAGAAGAAACUGUACAUCAUUAUUCAGCUGGAAUGCAAGGACCCUGUGCCCUUUAUUCGAGUAUCUGGUGUUACCAAAGACGUCUUACGUGCUUGCUUGGAAAUUCAGUGCAUGAUCAAAAGAGUUAGAGCGGUUCAAGAAGAACAGUCCAAGGCAGAACUUCUCAGCAACCUAGUUGAGUGGCAAUAUCUAGAAAAUAAUCGGUACCUGCCUUUUGACAGGCUAACAAAUCUACGCUUAGAGGAUGCUGCAGCAUUAAACCAAAAAGAGAUUAACAUCACCAUUUGGAAUAAAAACUAUAAAGUGGAUCUGGAAGCCAAACGUGCUAUAGAUGACACAGGGAAAAUUAUGGCCAUUCUACGAGUCUCAAAAGAUGAAGGUAAACAGUUAGUAACUCUCCCUGAAGAGUGGUGUGAUAUGAAACAAGAACGUGUCAAAGUGGUGGAGCUACAUCAAGAAAUGAAAGAAUAUCAAGAUGUUCAGAUGAAGUUUCAAGAGACAUGUUCAUCAUUCAAAAUUGAAAAGAUUGAAAGGAUACAAAAUCCAUUCUACUGGCAGACCUACCAAAUAAAAAAGCAGGAGAUGGAUUCCAAAAAUGGCAAUACAAAUAAUGAGAGGCGUCUAUUUCAUGGAACAACGAGUGGCUCAUUAACCAUUAUUAAUAAUAAGGGAUUUAAUCGCAGUUACGCCGGAAUGAAUGUGAGGCAACGAGUUCUUGACAAAAAGACCCAUGAGCUCGAUUUGCCAGAAAAAGGAGGAUUAAAGCUGGUUGUCACGUGGCCGGAAACAACAGGUGCAACCGAAGAGGCUGUGUUUCAGGAAGAGUUGGAUCCCGAACAGGCUUUAAAGACAGCAGGCAAAGCCCAGGAGCAAGAUGUGCAGGAAGUCUUGCGAAGAAAGGAACAUUCAGUGCAGAAUAGUGCACGCCAUGUGGAGAAUAUUCAAGAACACCCCCAAACAACUUCAUCUCUACUUGUGCUUGAAAAUAUAGAAGAGUCUGUCACAGAAUGCAUGUUAAUUAUGCUGUUGGAGACUAUCAGUGGCUUAUCGGGAGACAAAGACUUCAGCAUGGAAAUGAUACCUGAAAUAAAUGCAGCUGUAGUUACCUUUAUAAAACGUAUAGACACCGUGGAAUUUUUGGACAUAUGUGCCCAAAACAACAGAAUGAAACACUUUAAAAUUACUGCCAGACUUCUUGAAUUGACACAAAGCAUCAAGGCUGAAAACAUACCAUCUAAUGUUCCUAAAGAUUAUAUAACGAUCUACUUUGAAAGUCCAAAGAAUGGAGGUGGCCCAGUAUUAGAUGUUAAACAUUUCCGUGAGGAGAAGUCAGCUAUCAUUACUUUUUGUGAUCACAAAGAUCUGAACACUGUCUUGGGAAAGCAGCAUUCCCUUGAUCAAACAUCAAUUUCUGUAUAUCCAUACUACAGUUCUUUGGGUACAGCUCUUUAUGGAGAGAAGAGACCACUAAUAAAGAUGCCAGAACCAAUUAGAAUCCCAGUGGAUCCUUACAUCUUGCAGUUUUUACAGAGCCAUGAUAGACUAAUCCAAGAAAUAAACCAGGAAAUGGAAAAUUGCCAUUGUGAGCUAAAAUGGCCCCAAGCCAAAUGUACAUAUCCAGAAAUUACAUUGUGUCCUUCAGCAACUUUGUCUAAACAGAGAAGGUCAAUGAUUAAGUUGAUUGGGACUUGGAAAGAGGAUGUUUCCACUGAGUUCUCUUGUGUCAUGUCAAAGUACAAGACUAGUAAGUGUAAAGUAAAUGCAGUGGUUUGGGAAGCCAUAAAAAACAGAUUGGCGACGGACCAUGUGUUGACUAUACCUGACAUUUCUAAGGAAAUGGUUAUCAUAGCAGGUGACAUGCUGGCUGUGGAGGAUGUGGAGAAAGAACUGAACGAACAUAUGGAAAAUGCUGUGAGAGAAACAAAAAGGGAAAAGCAAAAAAUAGAAAUAACUAUGUCAGUUCCCCCAGGAAAGUAUGCAAUUUUACACAAUGCUGGGCUGGAGAAGAAUAUUUACAAGGAGUACCCAUGCUUAAAGAUCUCUUAUGAUGCUGCAAAGAAGACAAUUAGCCUAUGUGGAGUACCUGCAGAAGUUUAUAAAGUCAAAAGUGACAUACUGGAAAAGGUGCAGAACAUGGCACAGAAGUCAAUUACUAUUCAUCCUCAGAUUUUCCAGUUCCUACAGCACAUCGAUAAUGAAACUCUGUCACAGAGCUUAUUUGUGACAAAUCAAGUCAAUGCCUUUUAUCAGCUUGAGAAUGAUACUGUACUGCUGGUAGGAGACUGUCCUGAAGUUCUCUUAGAAGCAGAAGAACGAAUGAAGACAGAGUUAGACUAUAAAUGCAUUCCUCUGGAAGACCGAGAAGUUAUCAAAAAGAGAGAAUGGAGGGAACUCACUAGCAUCUUGUACAAGACAUAUAAUGCAUCCCAGGAAACCCUAAUAAUGGAUGACCUGCUCCCUCUGGAAGGAGAUCAGAAAGUAGUUAUUGCUGGUUAUUCUAAAGCUGUAGCAGAAGCUUAUCGAAAGCUUUCUGAGUUUGUAGAUAGAAACACACAAGUGCAAAAAUUAAUCCCAGUUCAGUCUGUGGCAGUUGUACAGUUCAUAGAGAAGGAAAAAUCCCACGUUUGUCAUGAAUUGAGAAAGAAAGAUGUGACAAUUAAUUUUGGCACACAGACUUCACGUAAAAGUAUUUCCCUGAGUGGACCAAAGGUAGAAGUGUUGAAGGGCAUCCACCUGAUUGAACAAAUUCUAUCUUCACUAUAUUCUACAAAUGUGUUAAUUGAUAAACCGGGUGCCAAAGCAUUUUUCAGAGACAAAGAACGCUUGUAUGUUAGUGAGGUAAAGCAUCAAUUUAACUGUCUGAUCAGGCUGCAAGAAGAUGGAGAAGAACAAAGAGAAGAUGGUGAAACCGGUAAUGAUACGACAAAACAGCUCCGCUGUAAAAUGAUCCUGCAAGAUGGAAUUGUAGUAGCAGUUUAUAAAGGGGACUUGUGCAGUCAUCCAGCUGACGUUGUGGUGAAUGCAUCAAAUGAGGACUUAAAGCAUAUUGGUGGCCUUGCUGAGGCACUUUUAAAAGCUGCAGGGCCAGAACUACAAACAGAAUGUGACCAUAUUGUGCGGAAACGAGGCCCUUUGCAGCCCGGCCGUGCUGUUAUUACAGAUGCUGGGAACCUCCCAUGUAAACAGGUGAUUCAUGCUGUUGGGCCCAGGUGGAGGGAUCACGAACCAGAAAAGUGUGUGCGCCUGUUAAAAAGAGCAAUAAAGGAAAGCCUACAGCUGGCUGAAACGUACAAUCAUCAUUCCAUAGCCAUCCCUGCUAUCAGCUCUGGGAUAUUUGGAUUUCCGUUAAAACUGUGUGCACAGUCAAUUGCAAAAUCCAUCAAGGAAACCUUGGAAGAUUCUCCAGGGGAAAGCUGCCUGAGGGAGAUUCAUCUCGUGGACUUUACAGAAAAAACAGUUCAGGUUCUCACUGAUGCCUUGAAAGACGUGUUCACAGAGAAAUCACCCCAACUCAGUUUAUUGCCUCAGUCCAAAACAGGCCACCAGCCCAGAGAAAGUAGAGGUGCUCAGAACAGAAAGGGUCUCCAGAUGGUAACAACGGAUGAAGGUCUGAGUGUCAUACUGGAGAAGAGAGACAUUCAGGAUGCUACAACGGACGUGAUCGUAAGCAGUGUUGGCCAGGAUCUGCGGCUUGGUGUAGGUCCACUGUCUCAAAGUUUGCUGCAGAAGGCUGGACCAACGCUCCAGCUAGAGUUCAAUGAAGAAAGCCAAAGACAAGUACCUACUCAAGGGUCCGUGUUCCACACAAGUGGAUGUAAUCUGGCCUGCAGCUUUCUGUUCCAUGCUGUUGUUCCUGUAUGGGAUCAAGGAAGAGGCGGUGCCAUGACGAACCUAGAAGACAUAGUCAAAGAAUGUCUGAAGAAAACCGAAGAGCUGUCUCUACGUUCAAUCACGUUCCCAGCAAUCGGGACUGGCGGGUUUGGGUUUCCUAAACCCAUUGUUGCUAAAUUAAUGUUUGAUGAAGUGUUCAAAUUCAGUAGUAACCACAACUUGAAGUCUCUUCAGGAAGUUCAUUUUCUGUUGCAUCCAAGAGAUACAGAUAAUAUUCAGGCAUUUACAGAUGAACUAGAAUCUAGGACCAAUGGGAAUCUCCAGGCUGCAUCAUCGAGUCCAAUUUCCUUUGGGCAUGUUUCAACCCCGGUACUGGGAGUUCAUGAAAUGCAGUUUGGUUCGAUUACACUCCAGGUAGCAACUGGAGAUAUCACCAAGGAAAAUACAGAUGUGAUUGUAAACAUAUCAAAUUCAUCAUUUAAUGCCAAAUCAGGUGUCUUCAAAGCAGUGAUGGAAGCUGCCGGACCCCAGGUUAAACUAGAAUGUAAUAUGCUUGCCUUGCAGCCUCACAGUGGCUUUAUAACCACACAAGGUGGAAAACUGAUGUGCAAUAAAAUUAUUCACCUCAUUCAUCAGAAAGAUGUUAAAGCUCAAGUCUCUAAAGUGCUCCAGGAGUGUGAACUGAGGAAGUACACAUCUGUCGCCUUCCCAGCAAUUGGAACAGGUCAGGCAGGGCAGAAUCCAGCUAAGGUAGCUGAGGACAUGAUGGACGCUAUAGUUGAGUUUGCAAGUACAAAAGCAGUCCAGCAUGUGAAAAAAAUUAAAAUAGUCAUCUUCCAGCCAGAGAUGCAAAAUGUAUUUUAUGCAAGUAUGCAGAAAAGAGAAGGAGAUACAAUUUCACCAACAUCAGAAUCCUGGUUUUCUAAGUUAACAUCACUUAUAAUGGGCAAAAAACGUCCUGCUGGAAAGAAACGUGGAUUCGUGCUGGAGAAGAAAAUUGAGUUAGCCACGUUUCAGAUUUGUGGUGAAAGCCAAAAAAAUGUGGAAGCCACUGAAUCUUGGAUAAAAAAUCUGAUUUUAAAAGAACAGUAUGACAACGUUAUUCCAGAUGAAUUAAUUGGCAGUUUUGAUGAAACAGAAGCUAAGAAACUAAGUGAACUCCAGAAAAGCCUACAUAUUACCAUUCAUGUGGAAACCAAGGAAACCCCUCCUUUUGUUAGAGUUUCUGGUAUAACUAGAGAUGUCUAUGAAGCUUCCAUGAAAAUUCAAAACAUGAUCAAAAGUAUUAAAGAUAACCAAGAAGAACAAUCAAAGGCAAAACUUGUUAGCAAUUUAGUACAGUGGAAGUAUUCCAUAAACAAUAUGCCUUUCAUAGACUUUGACCCUCUGACAAAUAUGCACUUAGAGGAUGCUAAAGUAGCUAAAAAAACUUACAUUAAUAUCAAACUCCUCAGGAAGGACUACAAGGUAGAUAUGAAAAAUCUACGUGCUACAGAUGAACAAGGAACAGUUGUAACCAUUCAGCGUGAGCCAAAGGAUGAAGGUAAACAGUUAGUAGCAUUCCCUAAAGAGUGGUGCGAUAUGAAACAAGAACGUGUCAAAGUGGUUAUGAUAAAUACAACACAGCAAGAAUAUCAAGAUGUUCAGAAGAAGUUUCUAAAAACCUGCUCCACAUUCAAAAUAGAGAAGAUUGAAAGGGUACAAAAUCCUUACCUGUGGCAGACCUACCAAAUCAAAAAACAGUCGCUGGACAAAAAGAAUGGCAACACAAUUAAUGAGACUCUCCUAUUCCAUGGAACACCUAGUUCCUCACUGAGCACAAUUAAUUACAAUGGGUUUAAUCGUGGUUUUGUUGGAAUUAAUGGUGCAGCAAUUGGAAAUGGAACCUAUUUUGCUGUUGAUGCCAGUUAUUCUGCUCAGGAUACAUACUCUAGACCUGAUGGGAAUGGCAGAAAAUACAUGUACCUUGCUCGAGUUCUCACUGGAAUAUAUUGCACUGGAAAAGGAGGAUUAAUCACUCCACCAGCAAAAAACAUUGCAGAUCCUACUGACCUAUAUGAUAGUGUGACUGAUAACAUGGGUCGUCCAUCAAUGUUUGUCAUAUUUAAUGACAUUCAAGCUUAUCCAGAAUACCUUAUUACUUUUAGAAGAUAAGAUUUAUUUUUUAAUAACAGUGGAAGAGAUUUUUUUGAUGCCUUUAUUUUGUGAAUAAUAUCGCAAGGAUAAUUUUGUAACCAGAAAUUUGAAGAAUGAGAAAAGUACUGGCUUUCUUAUAGUUCUUUAUAUGUUGGUUUAUUGACUCAAAUGACCAUUUAUAUAUCCAAUUGCCUAAAUGUAAAUAUAUAAUAUUAAGAAAAGAGACGGAGUUAAGUAGAUUUUAGCAUGCACCUUAGCAGUGCUCAUAAUUUUGGUGUCGCUGAGGGCUGUGAGAAUAGCGCAUUCAGGCUAGGUAGAUAGGGCUCAUAGCAGGAAGGGCUGUUGGAUGCAAUAUUUUGUUGCCCACAACCUAAAGUAAACUGAGUGUAGCAGGCUGGUGCUCAGUAAGGACGCUGUUCCCAGAACACAUCAUAAGGCACUGAAUAGCUGAAAGAGAGUGUCUUUCAAACCCUCAGACGUAUGCCACAAGGGGGGGAGCCCUUGAUCUCAAUUUUUUCCAAGUAUACAUAUUAAUCACUCUCAGCUAACUACUGCUUCUGGUUAUCUUAGGGUUCAAGGAAAACCUAAAAACAUAACCACAAUGCACAUAAUUUACAUUCAGUAAAUCACCUUUGCACCAUCCUAUUCAUCUCCUACAUACUAGGGCUCACAUCUAUAUGGGUGCUCUGCACAUUUUUUUUGUGUUAUCCAGAUGCCUUUCUUCCCAGGUGCCUUACUGACUGCUGAUGCUUUUGCACUUCAUUCAGCAUCCUGCAGAAUCAAAAUAAAAUCAAUCCUUCUGGAAUAUUCAAGAUAAUCAUCAUAUAGAGAGGGCUGGCAUUCUUUCUGCACAGUCUUGAGGCAUAAAAAGCCCUUUUUUUGUAGAAUUAUAACCUUGUAUAGAUGGUAACCUCUGGGCAUGUGUUAAAUUAUUGAAUUCUAGAAAACGAUUGAAGAACUAUCUAUUGAUAAACUACUUUGCUAAGCUUCAUAAAGCCAGUUUUAGAAUAUUUGUACUUCUGAAAAUUAGCUACAUUCAUGACGACAGUGAUAUUAACUUCUUAUGCUGCCACUCAUACCACAGUAUCAUAUUUCUGAUGUCUUCAAUAAAGCUGUUAAUUAUUCUGAGUA